AUGAGGAAAGAUGGAGAAAGAUAUUCUAUGAGGCCACCACCAGAGACAUUAGUGAGGUUAAGAUUACACCAUAGGGGUAGAUUUGUAAAUGAACCUGUACAUUUGUAUGUUGGGGGCGAGGUUACUGAGAUGAAUUGGAAGUUUGAUGUUGACUUUAUGUCAUACAUGGAUUUGGAGGCACUGGUUAAAGGUCAGGGUUAUAUAGACAUUGGAUCUUUGUGGUAUAGGAACCCUAAAUUUAGCUUUACCCGUGGUCUAAGGCCAUUAAACAAUGAUAGGGAUGUACUGCAAUUUGGACAAGAUGUUGUAGGUCAUGAAGUAAUUGAUGUUUAUGUGGAGCAUAAGGUGUCUGAUCCACCUGAAAUUGUGGAUCCUAGUGAGUUGGAUAAAGUAAUUGAAGAUGAUGAUGUAGAAUUGAUUGGUGUAGCAGAACCAAAUAUUGCUGUAGCUGAACAUUGUGAAGUUGAACCUGAAACUGCUGAACAUGAACCUGAACCAGAACCAAAUAUUGAUGUUGUUGAAACUGCUGAACAUGAACAUGAACCUGAACCUACUGAACCCAAUAUUGCUGUUGCUGAACCUGUUGAACAAGAACCUGAAAUUGUACCUGAACCUACUGAACCCAAUAUUGCUGAACCUACUGAACCUACUGAACCCAAUAUUGCUGAACCUGCUGAACCCAAUAUUGCUGAACCUGCUGAACCCAAUAUUGCUGAACCUACUGAACCCAAUAUUGCUGAAACUGAAGAUGUUGUACCUGAACCUGAAAUUUUUGAGCCAAAUAUUGCUGAACAAGGACCUCAAAUAAAUGCUGAGAGCCAACCCAAUAAUGAUUUCAGUGAAGAUAGUAACAAUUGUGAGGAUAGUGGAGAGUGUGAUGAGAUGGACUGGACGUCAGUGCUGCCUCCUGAGACCUUAGGUGAGGAACCUAGUGUAGUGAACUUGCAAUCACAAUCUGAAGAUGAAGAGGAUGAGGAACAUUUAUACACACCCCCUGGUACUGAUGAUGAAGUAGAUCAAGAAAGGUUCCCAACAUAUAAAAGUGGGCAGGGAUUACAGUUUAAGAUAGGAUUGAUGUUUUCAAACAAGGAAACAAUAAGAGAUGCAAUUAAAGAGUAUGGAAUGGAAAACCAAAAAAAUGUCUAUAUCAGGAAGAAUGAUGCAAAGAGGAUUAUAGUUAAGUGUAUGGAUGGCUGCAAGUUUCACCUCAGGUUCAGUUUGAGGAAUGGGCAACAGUAUUGGCAAAUUGUAAGUUAUGAGAGUGACCAUAUUUGUUGCAGAACUGCAGACAACAGGAAUGCUAAGACCCAAUGGCUUGUGUUGUACCCCAAAAUUUGCCCUCCCAUAUUCUCCAAGAUUUGUCAAGUCAAGGUCACAAAAUUCCCCAAGGGUUGUGCAGCUCAACUGUCUCCUAUACAGUCAAAACUAGGGUUUGUGUCCUGA